UCAAAUAUUUUAUUUAUAUGAGGAUUAGUGAACUUCGUUAGAUAUUUUAACAACCGUGUGAUACCGGCUAUAGUGAGUUGCCCUACGAUCUGAGGAGGAAGACCGUAUUGAGUUAAGUAGACAUGCGUGUACUGUUGAUAUUACUUCUCUUAGGAAGCUGCUUCUUGAUGGGAAUAGGUAAAACACCAACUGAUAAAGCAAGCUUAGGACGUAUGGUAUUUGUCAUAUUAAGUCAACCAAACAAAUACCAUGCCAGCUUGGCAGAGCAAAGAAACAAAGAUCUGCUGAAACAGGCUCAGAACAACAACAUGCAUCCACCUGUAAUCCAUAUGACUGCCCACGAUUGGCCAGAAGUGAUUGGCUCAUGGACAGUUUUUCCCCUUUUGUCAAGGCUUAGUAAUAUACAUAAGCACAACAGCUCGUGGAUAUUGUUCUGUGAAGAUAUCACAUCAGUGGACUUAGAGAAACUUGCUGCUCUUUUGGAGAAGUAUGAUCCUUCAAAGCCUUACUUCCUAGGUCAUGGCCUGAUGGACAACGAGCCUACCAUAAUUCACCAUUUUGAUAAAAUUGAAAGUAAUUCUCCUUUCCUUUAUCCUGCUUUUAGUGCUGGGUUUGUUAUGUCAACAUCAUUACUGAAAAAAAUUGCUAUUCGAUGGCGAAAAGAUCCACACCAUGAUUUUUCAAUAGAUGCCAAACAUGAGGUAGGCACAUAUUUUACUAAACUUCUAAUGGUUGUGGAUGACAAAUAUGGAUAUCUCGAACCGCAGGCCCAGAGCAUGGAAAUGAUGUGCAAAAGCCAGGAUUACUCGAUAAAAUACGGGCCUUUAUCUACUUUCUAUCACAUGGAUCCUGCUCUGUGGUUAGUGGUGCCUGACCCA